ACCCCAACCUAAGUCCUGGAAUCCCAUCAAGUCUCGACAAUGACCACUGUUACAAAUUUUGUGCCGUCCAACGCGAUCGCGAGUAUAUCUCUCGUUGACGCUGUGUAUGAGCCAGUUCCAGGCGGCAAGUCAGUCGCAGACCUUGAACUCAAACGAGGUGUUGCCACUUGCAAUAAGCCAUACAUUCGAUCGGAACCUGACAUCGUCUCGGAUUACAUUGACUCUGACUCCGAUGAGGACGACUUCAAAGAGACCAUAGGCCCUGAGCCACCAGCCCGAUUGCCCUCAAAACUCCCACCGCCCGGCAAGUUACACGCAAGUUUGAGACUCACUCGCCGUAUUGCAUCUGGACGAGCUGGAAUUGUAUUUGAGGCCGAGCUUGAUGAGGACGCGUCUAGUCCUAAGUUGACGACCGCCAGUUUACCACGCCUCAUCGUCAAGGUCUGUCGUCCGACGACGUACUACAGGGUAUCUCGAGAAGCAUUCUACUAUGAGGAGAUGGAAUCGCUACAAGGGAGAGUGAUACCUCGUUACUAUGGUCUCUUCCAGACAACACUCGAACCUGGGGUUAUGUUUCGGUAUUGGAAGAUGGAGAAAAUUUGGGGGGGUAACGAUGCCAAUGACUCCGAUGAAGAGGAUCAUUCUGACUUCCCCCGUUUCUUGACCGUUCUCGUUUUGGAAUACGUUAGCGAAGAGUUCUUACCUGUCGGGCGGAAACUAGAUGACAAGAUCAUCAAGGAGAUUAAAGAGAUGUUUAAAGAGCUAGCACGCCUUGGAGUUUGGCAACCGGAUAUUCGGUACGCCAACAUAUUACGGGUGCCCAACGCGGAGUCCGGCAAAGCUGGCCAAUAUCGGUGGCGUCUCGUGGACUUUGACAGGGCUCGCAAGUCAAACAUGAGUCUUGAAAGGUUUGAAAUUGAGCACGAUGAUCUUUUGGAGCCCUUGUUCGAAUGGCUACCCCGCGGCGUCAUUAGAGAUCCGUGGGCCUGCUAGUGAGGUAGUCCGCAGGUACAUACAUUUUUGAUACCGAGCCAUCGGCGUUUGCCUGCCGUUGUACUUAUAGCUCUAUUAUGGAUGAUUGUCUCAGAAAUCCUCCUCCAUCUGUAAAAUAUUCACUUAGGCAUCGAAACACAUCCCCGAAACACGCGCCAUCUUCAGUCCAUUGCUCAUAUAAUAUUUUCUAGUAUCCAGCCUACGUACUCGCGUCAUAUCUUCAUAUAAACCGACGCACAACAAUGAUCGUCCGAGCCACGUCGUAUCUUUCCAAGUUCACAAACUUGAAGAAUCCGAGUCUCUCAAACUGACCCGCGAGCUCCGGUGAACCAGAGCAGCAUAGCCUCGUUAGACAGGUUUGAUUCUGAAAUGCACGUGUAGACGGUCUCGGCGAAGACUUUGUGGUGUUUCGCCUCUAACUUGUAAACGCCUCCGCACUCAUAUUCUACACGUACUGCAGUUUAACAGGUAUAACGCGGUCAUCG